AUGGACGCUAUGACCGCAGAGCGAAGCUAUAAAAGCUCUUUCCGCUCGAGGCUGUUUUGCUGCCACAGUGUCAGUCUGCUGUCCACUCCUCCACUCUCAGCCAUGCUUCGCGAUCGCUCUUUCAACUCGACGGACACCGGGAUCAUGUCUUGCCCGCACAAGUUUUGUGGACAAGCAUUGCUCAACGUUCAGGACCUUCACAUGCAUCUCGCGGUGGCGCACCAACAGCCUCUUCCAGCAGCACCAGCUCGACUGGAAAAACCGAGCUUUACUUGUCAAGAACAACGCUGCACGUUUUCGACGACUGGACAGGCAGCGAUGACGAGACAUUAUCGCGAGCAUCACAAGAUGGAGCCACCUUACUUGAGAGGCCCCGGCUUCGACAAGUGGGCCGCGAGAGAUAAGGCGUCUCUAGGAAAUGGCAUUCCAGCAUCAGCCAGCGCCACACGAAGGAGAAAUGGCACACCGCAUUUUGCGUCGGUGUAUCCAAAUCCAAGCCCCCCACCUUCGACCAUCCAGCAACCAUCCCAUCUGGCUUACAACCCUGUUGUUGCUACUGCCACCAGCAACCUUAUGCGGAAUAUGGCGAAUGCCUAUGCGAUCGUGCAGGCAAAGUCAGCUGCCAACACACCUGUCGGUUCUCCUCGACCCCAGACACGUUCAAGUUCUUCAUCAUCUAGCUCACAUGAGAAUGGGCACUCGAGUGGCUACCAGCGCGAAGCGACUCCCAUUCCGUCCCACCCAAGUUCCUUUAUUGGGCAGUCAUGUCCCCCGUCCGGGCCGCACCUCUCCGGGUGUCCAGGGUCGCCCAUUGCUGCCCAUCUCCCGCCUAUCCUGGAGUUGGACCCGUCUGUCGAAUGGGUGAGCUGGUUUGACGAAUCAGAUAGUAUUGGGCUGGACUGGUCAGCUAUCGCGACGGGUGAGAGGCCGUAUUGCGAGCGGGCAAUGGCUGCCCAUUCCGUCGUGUUUCUGCCGCAAGAUGCUAAUGGGUGGGCGGAGGGUGAUUGCGUUUGGCCUAUCAACUAUAGUAGUUGA